AUGUCCUCGCCCGGAGCGAGUUUUCGGACCGUCUCCUCGCGGCAAUCAGCCAAUACAAAGGAAGUUCUUGAGGGGGAUGCGUUUAGCCCCUCGGAAUAUAUUCGACAACGGUUGCAUCACGUGAAAGAUGGGCAGGAAACUCGACAACUCAAAGCAUUGCGCACCGAGAUGUCGGCUGUCAACCAUGAAGCCCAGGAAUCGCUGAAAAAUAAUGUUUUCAAGGACUAUCACCAGUUCAUCGAUGCUAGCCGGGAAAUCUCACACCUGGAGCGCGAGAUCUACCAAAUCAGCUCGAUGCUUUCGGAGCAGAAGAAUUUAAUAGAAAAUCUUCUCGGUAUGGCCGGGGAUGAUCGGUCGUCUCUUCACACUGUUUCUUCCGCUACCACGGCUGCCCAUCAGAAUCCGGUUCAGCUUUUGAUGCAGCGAAUGGACGGGAUUGCGGGGAUUUUGAAUAGUUUUCGACCAUCCGAUCGAGUGAUUCUUUUCGGAGAAAUGUUCUUGCUGGAUGGUGAGACAAAGCAGCCGAUUCAAAAACAGAUGUUGAUUUUGCUGAAUGACCGAUUGCUGGUGGGGAAUCCAAACAGCGGGAAAUAUAGCCUCGAAUCUACAUUCUCUCUCAACGCUCUGGCCGCGGUGAAUGUGAAGGAUAGAGAAAGCCGUGGGAUGGCAUCCGCCGAUCAGCUUUUUAAACUCUUAAUCUUCCCCGAGCACAGGUAUUACCGCUGUGAAUCCUCUCGCGUGAAAAAGCAAUGGUUGGACGAAAUCGAGACGGCAAAGCGGGUGCUGUUGCAGGAGGGCAGCUUGCAGAGGCAAGCCACAAUCCGAGGCCGGCGUCAAUCGGUGCAAAAUAAGGCGGCCGAGCGGUCGACGAUGGGAAGGCCGCUAGCUGUGAUUGCCGAUGGGGUUGAGGAAGAGAAGGAGCCAUUAAACGAAGAAGAAACGGCGUGGCUUGAAGCCUUGCCGGCAGAAGUUGACGAUUGUAUUGCAAACAGGGAUAUAGAACAGGCGGUGGAUCUUGUAAUGCAGUGGAAAGAUUGUAACGCAAAGUUGACAGCAGUUGAUACUCAAAUGAUGCAGCGGGAGCAACAGAUUGUCACUCUGCUCUCCGAAGACAUUCGACGCCCAGGCGCUGUCCACGGCGGGCCUAGGGCCAUGCGAAAGGCCAUUUCCUUGUUGAAACAAUUAGAUCGAGGCACGUACGCCGUCGAUUUGUACCUACGGAGGAGAUCCACCUUGCAAAGAAAUGCAUGUCGUGAUGUGGCGGUUAGUGAGGAGCCUUUGAGCUAUGUUAAACAGUUAACCGGGCUUUUCACAACUGCCGUUUGCGACGUGGCCUCAGAAUUUCACACCCAAAGGGAACACUACUGCCAGGUGCUUCAAUGGUGCUCCAUCGAACUGGGAAUGCUGCUAUCACUUGUGCGCCGUCAUGUUGUUGAAGUCGCGCCAACGACCGCCGUUCUCGCGUACACUUGGCGGAUAUUGAUGCAGAACUGCUCCGAGUUGACGAGCAUGGGAUUGCAGUUGAAUUUUGAGGUAAACCGCCUUCUGGGCCCGGCGUUGAACGUGGCGUUGGAGACGAACUUUCAGAAUGUUGUGCAGGGGCUGAGGACGCGGAUGGCGGAGGAAAAGUGGCGCCCACUGGUGCUGGAUUCGGAAUCGGCGCUAAAUCGGCUGGUCGAAGAGCUGUCCGAUCUUGGAUUAUCAGUCGAAUGGGCCGUAGCCGGAAGAGCCGCGUUGAAUAUAUCACAGCACACGCUCCACUUUGCGCGCGUCUCCUACACGCUGGCCCGCGACUUGGAGAAGCUGAUUGGCUCUCCCUGUAAUGCUCAAUGCGACGAGUUCAUGCUCCAACUGUGGACGGAGUAUUUACAGCAUGUGGCAAAUGCUAAGACUCGAAAUGACUGUCACACCUAUAGCGCCUCAUUUGUCGUUACGCAGGUACUGUCACUAUGCGAGCACACCUACUGCGGCCAAGAAGAUGAUCUGUUGAAGCGACUUCUACGAGAUGAAUUCCCCUCUCUUUUGACGUAUAUAAAUGAGGACGAAACGGAAGCGGAUGGUGCAGGGGAGGACGAUGAAGAAGUUGCUCAUGUU